AUGGAGCACGAGAUCGAGAGGUUCCUGCAACAACACGCGGCGCAGCUGCGUGCAGCGCAAGUACCGCCGCGACUGUGGCCCAUCGUGUGUUACAAACUCAAACGCGAAGUAUUCGAUGCCGGCGACUUCUUUUUCCUGGCGCGAGACGAAGACGGAGAUCUGCACGUUGUUGUGCGUGAUGAUGUGGACUUGUCGCCCAUGCAGCCUGACGCAGACGAAGCGCUGUUUCUAGUGGACCAUGCCUGGACGUUCACGGCGGACAAGGUGCAGCAGCAGCUAGAGACAGUCCCGUCUCUUCUCGAGAGAAUGGAGGGCCUCAUGCUGCUGACCACAGACGACACGCAGCAGGGAGAAGAUUGUACAAAAGAGCAGCGUAUAGCUGCUGUUGCUGAUCGCGUGUGGCGGUAUGCCAGUACCUACCGUCUUGGCAACGUGAAGCCUGAGCAGUCGUCGACGAUCUGGUACGUGAUGGACGAGGUGGGAUCUGCCAUUGAGCACAGCGAUGAUCCCAACGUGCGCAUGGCACCAUUUUACUACGGCGCGUCGCACUGUGCGUUCACACUUGUGUGGACCGUGCGAACUAUCGAAGGAGGAGACUUUUUGUCACGGGACUACUUCCCCGAGUAUGCAGCAAACGCGUCGAUGCACACGGCGCUGUUAGCUGCGCUGUUCUACGAGCCUGGUAACACCGAAACGUGUCCGUAUGUUGACGAGCUCCGAGAAAUAGUUUGUGAGCGUAAGCAGGCAUAUUCGCUCGAGAAUGCUCGCUCGAGAUUCCACACCAUUGUGAGCUGUGAUUCGGAGACGUAUUCGGACUCGACCACGUCUGUUACAUCGGCCCCGCUUUCUACGAUCGUAGCAGACUCGGAGCCUCUUCGCGUGUAUUCUGAUCUGGAGUUAUUGCACGAGAACUUGAAUCAUCCGCGCUUUGCCCUUGUGGAUAGCGAAGCAGAUGCGCAGGUUAUAUGGUCCACCCGCCACCUCAUGGACUUUGACAAGUAUAUUACAAAUGAAAACGUGCAGAUAAUCAAUCAGUUUCCGAACGAGAAGAUUCUCACGUGCAAGGAUCUACUCUACGAAAUGUGCAAACUGCACAACGGUGGCGAGCAGCCGGACUGGCUUGCAGAGACGUACAAUAUGACUACCGAGUUCCCUGAGCUGAUCGCGCAGUAUAUCUGCCGCGACGUAAAGGCUCAUGAAAACGGCGAAGACGAUGAUGAGGCCAACCACUGGAUCUGUAAGCCUUGGAACAUGGCUCGCUCCAUUGACGCGUGUAUUGCGCAAAAUGCCCCGCACCUCGCGCGUAUAGCUGAGACCGGGCCCAAAGUUGCAUGCAGAUACAUUCACCGCCCGCUGCUGAUCGAUGAGCGAAAAUUUGACUUUCGUUUUCUCGUGAUGAUCAAGUCGACGGACCCUUUGGAGAUUUACUUGAGCGACGUUUACUGGCUUCGUAUUGCGAACAAAGAGUUCAGUAUGGACGGUUUCCAGGACUUUGAGAAACACUUCACUGUCAUGAAUUACUCGGAUUAUGAUGUUCGGAUUAUGGACAACGCCGAGUUUGUCGACCGAUUCGAAAACGAAUACCCGAGCGAAGAUUGGUCGGUGGUGUACACUGACAUCUGCUCAUCGAUCAAGAAGCUGUUUGAAAUUGCGACAGCGCACCCUCCUCCACUUGGCCUAGGCCGCUGCACGAAGUCGCGCGCACUUUAUGGUGUAGACGUGAUGCUAUCGUGGGAAGCUGACGAGGAGACUGGUGAUGAGCGCUUGCGUCCGGUCAUCUUGGAAACGAACUUCCAGCCGGAUUGCACCCGAGCUUGCAAGUACUUCCCGCACUUUUACAACGAUCUUAUGAACGUGCUGGUGUUGGAUCGCCCGGACGAGACAGUGCAUGGCUGCUCUCGCAUUUGA